CGCCAGUACAUUUUGCGCGCGCACCCCUUGAGCUGUCGCUACCCUUCUUUUUGGCUUCCCUUUGCCUCCUGGCACCACUUUCAUUAUCAGUGACUCCAAGAUGGCUGUCAAUGCGAGCUUCGUGUCGCCCACGGCCGAUGCUAAAGUCGCCCACAUGGCGGCUUCAUUCGAUCCCAAUGGCCUGGUGUCGAUGUUGAUGAACAACCUCAGCGGAUGGAGGCUCGUUCUGACCAUUCUGGUGCUUGCUGUCGCAUACGAUCAGUUCAAGUACAUCUGGAACAAGGGCUCAAUCGUUGGGCCCAUGUGGAAGGCGCCCUUCAUCGGACCCUUCCUUGAGUCUGUGAACCCGGAUUUCAAGGCAUACCACGCAAAAUGGGAGUCAGGUCCUCUGAGCUGCGUUUCUGUCUUCCACAAAUUCGUUGUUAUUGCCUCCACGCGUGACAUGGCGCGUAAGAUCUUCAACUCGCCCACAUUCGUCAAGCCCUGUGUUGUCGAUGCCGCGUACAAGCUCCUUCGCCCCCAGAACUGGGUCUUCCUCGAUGGAAAGGCCCACGUCGACUACCGCAAGGGCCUGAACGGUCUCUUCACUCGCCACGCGCUCGAGCAGUACCUUCCGAUCCAGGAGCAGAUAUACAACGAGUACUUCCAGAAGUUUGUGAAGAUCACUCAAGACAACAACGGCAAGCACGUACCGUUCAUGGGCGAGUUCCGCGAACUGCAGUGCGCUCUCAGCUGCCGUACCUUUGUCGGUCAAUAUAUUUCCGAGGCAGCGAUCAAGAAGAUUGCGGACGACUACUACUUGAUCACCGCCGCGCUCGAGCUCGUCAACUUCCCUAUCAUCUUGCCAUUCACCAAGAGCUGGUAUGGCAAGAAGUCCGCGGAUAUGGUCCUGGAAGAGUUCUCUCGAUGCGCUGCCAAAGCCAAGGUCCGUCUCGCAGCUGGAGGUGACAACAAGUGCAUUCUCGACUUCUGGGUGUCAGCCAUGAUCGAGUCGGAAAAGUACCGCCAAAGAAUUGCCGCUGGCGAGAAGGUCCCUGAUACCGAGAAGCCGUCGAUGCUGAUCCGUGAAUUCACCGAUUUCGAAAUUUCCAUGACCCUGUUCACAUUCCUCUUCGCUUCCCAGGACGCGACUUCUUCCGCCAACACCUGGUUGUUCCAGAUUAUGGCUGACCGCCCCGAGUUUCUGGAGAAGGUGCGCGAGGAGAACAUCGCUGCUCGCAACGGUGACAUGCACGCCCCGAUCAGUCUUGACAACCUCGAGAAGCUCCCAUGGACGCGCGCCGUGGUCAAGGAGACCCUCCGUUACCGCCCUCCCGUCAUCAUGGUGCCCUACGUCGCAAAGAAGGACUUCCCGAUCACACCUGAGUACACCGUUCCCAAGGGCUCCAUGGUCAUUCCUACAACCUACAUGGCUCUUCAUGAUCCCGAGGCCUACCACGACCCUGAGUCCUUCAUUCCGGAGCGAUGGAUCAAUGGCGACGCGGACAAGCAGGUCAAGAACUGGUUGGUGUUUGGCACUGGUCCUCACUACUGCCUGGGCCAGGUUUAUGCACAAGCGAACUUGAUGCUUAUGAUUGGCAAGGCCAGUAUGAUGCUGGACUGGAACCACCAGGUCACAGACAAGAGUGAGGAGAUCAAGGUUUUCGCUACGAUUUUCCCGAUGGACGACUGCCUACUCACCUUCAAAGAGCGGGAUGCGUAAAAAAUCACGGUCCCUUCCUUUCAUGACACGCGCGUUUAGCAAUGUUGGCAUUCUUAUCAUUUACAUGGAGUCCUUAUUCCUUUCUUGACCCAUGAAAGCGGGCCGCCUUGAGAGCGUGCUUCCUUUCUAUCUUCUAGACUUUUAUGGUGGGAGGAACGGCGCUUUUCAGGAAAGCGACCGGACUAUGUUGGCAAUGCCAGCCAACAAUGAGGACGGCGUAGGAAAGCGGUAAUAGUGUUAUCCGUCUGGAUGGCAUGAUUGUGUAUAACGAUAUCAAAAGGUAGCAACGGUGGUUAAUGGCAGAGGAAUGAGAGGACGGAAGUGAACUUAUGUGGCCC